ACAACGAAAAAGUAGGAUCAUCUUCUUAGUUCUUUCCAUUUGCAAGUCACCGUUACAGCUCCGAUCAGGUUUUGUUCGCCGGAAACCAUGCCUCAGCAGCCCAAGGUUCUCAUCAUCGGUGGGACUGGUUACAUCGGAAAAUUUUUAGUAGAAGCCAGCGCCAAAGCAGGUCAUCCAACUUGUGCAUUGGUCCGCGAAUCUACGCUCGCUGACUCCGGCAAGUCUUCGAUCAUCGAUAAUUUCAGGAGCUUGGGUGUCAAUCUCGUUACCGGCGAUAUCUUCGACAAUGAGAGUCUGGUUAGGGCAAUACAGCAGGUUGAUGUGGUGAUAUCCACCGUUAGUCGUGCUUUGUUAUCCCAUCAAGAUAAGAUCAUAUCUGCCAUCAAACAAGCUGGUAAUGUUAAGAGAUUUUUUCCCUCGGAGUUUGGCAACGAUGUAGAUCGUGUUCACGCUGUGGAGCCUGCAAAACGGAUGUUUGCUGCUAAGGCUGAAAUUCGUAGGGCUAUAGAAGCAGAGGGAAUCCCCCAUACAUUUGUUGUUAGCAAUUUCUUUGGUGGCUACCAUCUUCGCAACUUCUCUCAACCAGGAGCCACAGACCCACCUAGAGACAAAAUUAAAAUCUUAGGGGAUGGAAGUCCCAAAGUGGUUUACAACAAGGAAGAAGAUAUUGGGACGUACACCAUCCGAGCCAUAGAUGAUCCAAGAACCCUCAACAAGAUCUUGUACAUUAGACCUCCUGCUAACAUCUACUCGACUAAUGAUCUAGUCUCACUGUGGGAGAAAAAAAUUGGCAACAGUCUUGAAAGGACCUACGUCUCAGAGGAGGAGCUUGUGAAGAACAUCCAAGAGACUCCAUUUCCACUGAAUACAGGAUUAGCAAUUAGUCACAGUGCUUUUGUGAAGGGAGAUCAUACCAACUUUGAUAUUGAACCAGCAGUUGGAGUAGAAGCUUCAGAGCUGUAUCCAGAUGUUCAAUACACAACUGUGGAAGAAUAUCUCAACCAAUUUGUUUAGAAAUGCCCACCCACCCUCAAACCAAUUUGAUCUUUACUUUGUUUAAUACAGCAGCUCUGCCCUUCAUAUUUGUAUAAUGCAAAAAUGAUGAAAACAGAGGCUUUUGUAGAUAGCCUCAGGUUUUUUUUCUUUUGCAGACUAAUUCUGAAAUAAUCUCGUCUUUGAUUCACUUCA